GCGAGCCAGGCAUAUAUGGAGGAGAUAAUGAUGAUUGGACUCCGGUGUGCCUCAUCUGCCGUCGCCAGGAGCCACACCACGCCCCCUGACACACACAACACACAGGAGGAACACAACAGAGAAGGAAGAGAAACAAAACAACAACAACUCACAACCCACAAUCCUCACAAGGCCUUUCUUUCAGAUCCCCAAUAUGCAGAAGAGGAAGAGCUUGCCUCAAAGCUUGAAAUGUUCAAAAAAAAAUACAUGGAGUUUGAUAUGAAUGACAAAGGAGAAAUAGAUAUAAUGGGGUUAAAACGAAUGUUGGAAAAAUUGGGUCUGGCCAAGACUCACCUGGAGCUGAAAAAGAUGAUGUCAGAGGUGGUUGGAGGGACGUCGAAAGACACUUUUGGCUACAAUGACUUCCUGAAAAUGAUGCUGGGAAAAAGAAAUGCAAUACUAAAACUGAUCUUAGCAUUUGAAUGCAUGGGGAAGGAACAGGAGCAGAAGGAUGUUGGACCACCUCGUCGCAAAAAAAUCUCAGACCUGCCUUGAACAAGCUCUCCAUCCUAACCUGGAAUGAGUCUCAUCGAGACUCUUUUUUUAUGUUAACUCCUAAAUGCUUUAAAAUUCAUGUCAAUAGAGGAAAAUCUAAAACUUUUGUAUUAAAUAACUGAAUCUACAUAAAAAUAUUUGUGCAUUCUGUGUUGUGUGAUUAUGACAGAAGCUUUAAUACUACAAAACCAUACUGUACCUACAACCUGGU